AUGGCCACAACAACAACAAAAUUCAUGAUCCCCUCAAGGCCAUCUCCAUUCCACUCUUCUCGGAGUCUUACUCUCUUCCUUCUCGUAGUACUAAUACUCAUUUCCAUCCUUUUCACUUUUUCACACGCAGAAAUCUCCUCUUCCACUCCAUCACUGCAACAGUUACCAAGGAUCCAACCAAAAGUUCAACAACAACAACAACCACAGCAUCCAACCACUCGACGUCGACCCAAUAUUCGAGAUCGAAAACAUCGCAUUGAUGUUUGGGAUGUGUUGACUCGUUAUUUAAACAUUUUGAAAAAGAACAAUCACGAUCAACCACAUGAACAGGUGGUGAACCAUCAAAAAUUACAAAAAUCUUCUUCUUCUCCUCGAAGAAUUACGAUUCAACAAGAAGAAGAAGAAGAAGAAUCACUUGCGGAUGGUCAACGAUUGAAAUUUUCACAAUUGAGUCAAUUGUUAAAACUCCGCAAUGGUGAAGAAUCCAAUUCACUUCAAACUUCACAAGCAUGUCAGAAAUGUCUGGAUGUUUGCAUUCGAGAAAAGAGAGGACCUGUAUGUUAUGGAAAUUGUGCAUCGAGACCAUAUUGUCGAUUUGAAGAUAUUAGUUUGGCUCCUAAUUUACUGAAUCAUGAUUAA